CAGCGCCGAGGGGCGGGGCGCGCUUGGGGAGACGGCUGGAGCUGCGCCGGUGGCGGCUCAGCGCAAGCUCGCCGGCCCGGCCUCCGCCGCCCGCUGACUCGCAUCCCCGCUUCCCUCCCGCCGCGUCCCCGCUCGAAGAUGGCAACCGACGGGCUGCACGAGAACGAGACGCUGGCGUCGCUCAAGAGCGAGGCCGAGAGCCUCAAGGGCAAACUGGAGGAGGAGCGGGCCAAGCUGCACGACGUGGAGCUGCACCAGGUGGCCGAGCGCGUGGAGGCCCUGGGGCAGUUUGUCAUGAAGACCAGAAGGACCCUCAAAGGCCACGGGAACAAGGUUCUGUGCAUGGACUGGUGCAAGGAUAAGAGGAGGAUCGUGAGCUCCUCGCAGGAUGGGAAGGUGAUCGUGUGGGAUUCCUUCACUACUAACAAGGAGCACGCGGUCACAAUGCCCUGCACGUGGGUGAUGGCGUGUGCGUAUGCCCCGUCGGGAUGUGCCAUUGCAUGCGGUGGCUUGGAUAAUAAGUGUUCUGUGUAUCCACUGACGUUUGACAAAAAUGAAAACAUGGCUGCCAAAAAGAAGUCUGUUGCUAUGCACACCAACUACCUGUCGGCCUGCAGCUUUACCAACUCUGACAUGCAGAUCCUGACAGCGAGUGGCGACGGCACGUGUGCCCUGUGGGACGUGGAGAGCGGGCAGCUGCUGCAGAGCUUCCAUGGGCACGGGGCCGACGUGCUCUGCUUGGACCUGGCUCCCUCAGAAACCGGGAACACCUUCGUGUCUGGGGGAUGUGACAAGAAAGCCAUGGUGUGGGACAUGCGCUCCGGACAGUGCGUGCAGGCCUUUGAAACACACGAAUCUGACAUCAACAGCGUCCGAUACUACCCGAGCGGAGAUGCCUUUGCUUCGGGAUCAGAUGAUGCUACGUGUCGCCUCUACGACCUCCGGGCAGACAGGGAGGUUGCCAUCUAUUCCAAAGAGAGUAUCAUCUUUGGAGCUUCCAGCGUGGACUUCUCCCUCAGUGGUCGCCUGCUGUUUGCUGGAUACAACGAUUAUACCAUCAACGUCUGGGAUGUCCUCAAGGGAUCCCGAGUCUCCAUCUUGUUUGGACAUGAAAACCGUGUUAGUACUCUACGAGUUUCCCCUGAUGGGACUGCCUUUUGCUCAGGAUCGUGGGAUCAUACCCUCAGAGUCUGGGCUUAAUCAUAAUUCACAUAUAGGUACCUGAGAAUAGAAUUUGAAAUCGUCACAUGUAAAUAGAUCUUGCUCCUAGAGGAUCUCAGAGUUUAUUGCAACUUAGCUUAAGGGAGCAGCUCCAUGACUGAAAGUUCAGCAAGCAUCUCCAAUAUUACUGUUAAAACCACCACCCUGGAAAGAUCCCAGUGUGAGCCUUUAGCACUAUGAGAACACCUUCAAGUACAGUGUUUUUCACUUCAGACACUUUUUAAAAUGUAUCUGUUUUUAAGGUUAUUCUAAACUAUCGUCUCAACUCAUUCUAUCCCCAGUACAGUUCAGCAUAUAAUAUAUUCCAUAUUGUUUCCUUGAAUCAAAUUUAUUUUUCGGAGCACUUUAAAAGCUGAUUUUUCUCAGUGUACACUGUGACUUUUGGAACGUUCCCCUGCAAGUGCUGACUUUAAUGGACUGUGUGAGAAGGACAGUGUUAAUUGGUCUUUGAUAGAAGACAAUGCCAAUUCCAAAUGUAAUUCGACAGAAUCAAUUUUUUUAAAGUGUGUUUUUAUGGUGAAAGUAUCCUUUUCAGCCUUGCGUCCUAUUGUAUUUUUUCGGAUAAAACAUUUUCAUAUGUGCAAACAGUUAUAAAUGAAGCAGAGAUAUCAUAAGAUAGAAGGUUUGAUGUGUGAAUCUUGUGAUGGUGGGAUAUAUCUCUGCAUCAUGGGGACAGGACGUUUUCUUAGAGGGAAAAGCUGAAUGUUGUUUGUGACACAAAUGCUUCUCAGAGCAACCAGAACCUUUCUGUGUGGGAACACAAGACAGUAAACUCAUUUAAAAACCUGUUUGUAGUGUUAGACGUAUUAGGAUUAGUAGCAUCUACUCAGGCUAAAAUGAAUCUUGUUCAUAUCAGUUAUACUCAUCUUUAUUGCAUCGCAAGUGCAAUUACAUAUACAAAUUAAUUGAUAGGCCUCGAAUGAUAAUGUCUUUGCUUCACUUAUAUUGAGGAAAAAUGACAUAAAAUAUAUCUUGUCUUUAUGUGAAAUUCAGCAGUUCCUUCUGGAAGGUACCAAGUGCUUUAGUUACAGGAUCCCUUAUUUUCUGUUCUGUUUUGUUUUAAGGUGUAGAGGCUGAUUCUCUGUUUUAGAAAACUCCUCAGUCAUAAAGAUGGCAUGCAUCACUUAGGGAAAGAAAAGGUCAUCUCAGACCAAAAAUAGUUCCUGGGUGAGGCUUGCCCUGUGGGUGGUCUGGGGUCUGGCAGGCCAGGUUCUCGUGGUGCCCGAGGGCUGUGUGUGCUGAGUCCCCUGGAUCCUCGGUCCCCUCUCCUGGCCCUGCUCCAGCCUGGCCCUUUUCCUAAUGGUAGUUCUGGCUUUGCAGGCCCAGCCGCAGGCUCUGCUGCUUGAAGUUGCCCUUCCAGGGCUGGAGCCAUCCGACAGGCCUGGACCCAGUGCCCCUGUAAACCUCAGGGGGCGUGCCAGGACCACCUGCAAAACAACUUGUUCAGGUAUCAAGAUGGGCCCAGUCAGUCAAAAA